CUACGUUUUCUUUUAUAUACAACCUACACGCGCUGAACACCAGUCUGCCGCGCGUCUUCGUGCGACCGGACAGUAGUUGUGUAAAUAUAUUUUUCCUCUGGCCAUCGAAAUCAAUUGGAACAAUACGUGAACGAAUCGAGUGAAGGAUCAGAAUCGAAUUGCUGGGAAAAAUAUGAAAUACAUCGGGGCACUCGACGUGGGCACUACUACCGUGCGUUUUCAUAUAAUCGACGAAGAAGCGAACACGAUUGCUUCCUCAGCGGAGAAGGUAUUCUAGAGCGAACCUUAAGUCUUCAAUUACAAAUUCAAGUUGAAAAGUCAGAAAUACACAGAAAUGUUGAACUAACUUUCAGGUCAAUAUGCAACUAUAUGGAUGAAUCGAUAGCGGUAGAUUAUACAGGAGUGUCUUAUUCUCACACAUGUUCAACUUUUAUAUCCAAAGCCAGGCUUCGUAGAAAUAGAUCCAGACAAGCUAUGGACGAUCAUCGUGGACGUAAUAAAGAACACUUUAAAAGAGGCCAAAGUGGACCCGGAAUCGAUCGUUGGUAUCGGUAUUUCCACGCAACGAGGUAGCUUUACGACAUGGAACUCGAAAGAUGGAAAACAUUAUCACAAGCCACUUUAUCACAUGGAAAGAUUUACGUGCUGACAGCAUAGUGAAGCAAUGGAACUCGUCGUUGACGAUAAGAGGAUUGCGAAUAGGAUCGUACAUUUUGCACAAGAUUCUGGGCGAAGAACGAUUCUUGUUGAUGAGUGUUUUUAAAUUCCUGAAUACACAGAUAACUCUAAGGUUAUUGUGGGCUCUGCAAAACGUGCCAGGUUUGCAGGAGGCGGCGAACGACGGAAACGCCUUAUUUGGAAGCAUUGAUUGUUGGCUUUUGUAUAAACUUACGGGAAAACACGUGACAGACGUUUCGAGCGCAGCAGCAACUGGACUUUUCGAUCCAUUUCUUAUGACUUGGUCUGACCUAAUGAUGAGACUUCUGGGAAUCCCAUGUAAUAUGUUUCCGGAAGUAGUUGAUACCAGUAGGAAUUUUGGCGUUAUCCCAAAGGACAUAUUUGGUGUUGAGAUUCCUAUAUUUUGCUCAAUGGCAGAUCAAUCGGCCUCGCUGUUUGGUUCCGGAUGCAUGCAGCCUGGAGAUUUGAAAAUUACUCUGGGAACUGGGACCUUUAUGAAUGUGAACUCAGGAAGAAAAUUACAUGCUUCGGUCACAGGUUUGUAUCCUGUGGUCGGAUGGCAGAUAGGCGAUGAAUUAGUAUACAUGAUAGAAGGUGCAUGGAACGACACUGGAACUAUUGUCGAAUGGGCCAAAAAUAUAGGUAUAAUCGACAAUCUUGCUGAAACAGCUAAAAUUGCAAACUCAGUAAACGACUCCGAUGGAGUAUAUUUUAUUCCCGCAUUUAGCGGUUUACACAUUCCAAUAAAUGAUUACACAGCAGCAGCAGGUUUUAUAGGCAUAAAACCUACUACAAAUAAAAGUCACAUUAUUCGAUCGUUGUUAGAAAGCAUCGUUUUCGGAAUAAUGCAACUUUUCUACGUACUAGGCGAAGAAACUAACUUCACUCAUCAGAAAAUACGGAUCGAUGGUGGAGUGUCAGCAAACGAUUUUGUGUUGCAAUUAUUAGCCGACCUAACAGGUCUUGACGUGGAACGAGGGACAACCACGGAGAUGUCUAUUUUAGGAGUGGCAUUUCUCGCUGGUUUACAAUGCGGCGUAUGGAAGAACAGAGAGGAUGUAGAAAAACUUCGAAAAACAGCAAGGAUAUUCCAUCCAAAUAAAGAGAACAUGAUUCGUUAUCAACCGAUAAUUGCUCAAUGGAAACAAGCUCUCGAAAGAUUCGGCCGAUGGUAUUCUCGAGAUUCGUAAUUGACAUUAAGUACAUAACAAACGAAAAAGAAAACGUUGUACGAGUGAAGAAUACAUUAAGAAAUGCGAUAUCCUGUGAGAGCAAAAAUUUAUUAAUAAUAUACUUGCAUAUUGAUAUUUGUGUACUGUUGUAAUAAAACUUGUAUUUUUAUUAAAAAAAAAAGCAAUAUAAUAUUCCU